UUCUCCAGGCGAUUCGCUGUCAAGAACUGCGCGCGCUGCCAGACCCCAAUCUCGGCCAACGAACUGAUCAUGAGGGCCAAGGACCAGGUCUUCCACUUGACCUGCUUUGCCUGCACGGCCUGCAACCGGACGCUCAAGUCCGGCGAGCAGUACGGCCUCCGGGAGAACCUCAUCUACUGCCGGAUGGACUAUGAGCUCAUGUUCCAGGGCGACUUUAGCCUGCCCAGCAUGAGCCCCGGCAUGGGCCCGCACGGCGCCCACAGCCCGGGGAGUGGGGGCCCCAUACCGUUUUACAACGGAGUCGGGGCCGUGCAGAAGGGCCGGCCGAGGAAAAGGAAGAGCCCCAUGUCGGACGGCGAUGGAUGCCCA